GUCCGCCAUGGCCGCGAACUGCGCGGGGGCCGCGGGGACGGCGGCGGGAGCCGUGGCCGCCGUGGGCUCGGCCCUGAGCGCCAGCAAGACCAAGACCAAGAAGAAACACUUCGUGUGUCAGAAGGUGAAGCUGUUCCGGGCCUCGGAGCCGCUGCUCAGCGUCCUUAUGUGGGGGGCGAACCACACGAUCAAUGAGCUCAGCAAUGUUCCCGUCCCCGUCAUGUUAAUGCCCGAUGACUUUAAAGCCUACAGUAAGAUUAAGGUGGACAAUCAUCUAUUCAACAAGGAGAACCUGCCCAGCCGCUUCAAAUUCAAGGAGUAUUGUCCCCUGGUGUUCCGGAACCUCCGGGAGAGAUUUGGGAUCGAUGACCAGGACUACCAGAACUCGGUGACACGCAGCGCCCCGGUGAACAGCGACAGCCAGGGCCGCUGCGGCGCGCGCUUCCUCACCACCUACGACCGGAGGUUCGUCAUCAAGGCCGUGUCCAGCGAGGACGUGGCAGAGAUGCACAACAUCCUCAAGAAGUACCACCAGUUCAUCGUGGAGUGCCACGGGAACACGCUGCUGCCCCAGUUCCUGGGCAUGUACCGGCUCACCGUGGACGGCGUGGAGACCUACAUGGUGGUCACCAGGAACGUCUUCAGCCACAGGCUGACUGUGCACAGGAAGUACGACCUGAAGGGCUCAACAGUAUCCAGGGAAGCAAGUGAUAAAGAGAAGGCCAAGGAUCUGCCAACGUUCAAGGACAACGACUUCUUGAAUGAGGGGCAGAAGCUGCACGUUGGGGAAGAGAGCAAAAAGAACUUCCUUGAGAAGCUGAAACGGGAUGUGGAGUUCUUAGCCCAGCUGAAGAUCAUGGAUUACAGCCUGCUGGUGGGCAUCCACGACGUGGACCGGGCCGAGCAGGAGGAGAUGGAGGUGGAGGAGCGGGCGGAGGACGAGGAGUGCGAGAACGACGGCCUGGGGGGGAACCCCAUCUCCUCCUACGGGACCCCCCCCGACAGCCCCGGCAACCUCCUCAACUACCCGCGCUUCUUCGGGCCCGGAGAGUUCGACCCCUCCGUGGAUGUGUACGCCAUGAAGAGCCACGAGAGUGCCCCCAGGAAGGAGGUUUAUUUCAUGGCCAUCAUCGACAUCCUCACGCCCUACGACACCAAGAAGAAAGCUGCACACGCUGCCAAGACAGUGAAACACGGGGCCGGGGCCGAGAUCUCCACGGUGAACCCCGAGCAGUACUCGAAGCGCUUCAACGAGUUCAUCUCCAGCAUCCUGGCAUAGUGCUGCAGGGCUGCAGGGCUGCAGGGCUGCAGGGCUGCAGGGCUGGGGGCUCCUGCAGCCCGGGACAGCACAGCCACUGCUGCAGCAGCAGCGGGGCGCGCGUGGCACCGCGUGACAAACCCAUCCUCAUCCUCGCUGCUGUGGCACAAGUGCCCGGAUCUCACAUCUCUGAGGGCUUUAACAAACAAGCCAAGUGCAUUGUUCCAGCCCUGCCCGCAGUGCCCAGCGACGUUUCCUCCUCUUGCUGAGGGGCUGGGACAUGGGUGGCACUGUCCCCAAGGGUGGCACUGUCCCCAAGGGUGGCACUGUCCCCAAGGGGCCGGUGGAGCAGUGCCUGACUCACCAACCACUCCUUGUUUUUUGUGUUGUUGUUGUUGUUGUUUUAUUGGACUGGCUUUGCCAGAAAAAAGAAAGAAAAAAAAAAAAAACCAAAAAAAAAAAAAAAAACCAACAAAAACCCCUUUUAUUUCCCUCUCGGUAGGAAUUGGAAGGAAAAUAGCUCACCAUUUCAAGGAUGGGAAAUAGAACUCUGAUAAAAAGGAGGAGUUGCUGAACUUUAGGUAAAUUCAGACUGGGACACUUUAUAUUUUUUUGGUUAAUUUAAGGAAUGGGAAAAAAAAAAAGGAAAAAACAACAAAAAAAAAACACCACCACUUUUUUGUAACUGCACUUGAUUUACAAGAAAGAUGAGGGAAAUGAACAUCUACCAAAGAUGAUCUCUGAAAAAAAUAAAAAGGUGUAACUCCUAAAAGCUAAAAACAAGCAGAGAAGUGAGAGAGGCAUUGACCAACCUCAGCUCAUUAUGUGCUCAGACCUGGGCUGAUUUCAGUUGGCCAGCUCUGAAGAUUUCCUAAAAAGAAAAGGAAAAAAAAAUUUUAAAAAAAGGCAUUUUUGUACCUGUAGAUCCAGGCUAAGAUUUUGGGCCACUUCCUCAGCCAGGAGUGGCUCUGAGGUCACCAUCACAAUCCUGCCAGUGUUAAUUAGCUAAUUAAUCAUUCAGUCUUCCUUCCCCACCCCACCUGCAACAGGUACUUGAAUCUGUGUCCUGACAGAGGUUGCUGGGUUGGUUUUUUUGUGUUUUAUUUUUAAAAAAAAAUGUGACUUGCACAGAAGGAAUUGGCCUGGCUGCCAGGGGCAGUGCUGGGAGCUGGGCUCAUCCUGCUCCACCCCCCCGGGCGACCCUCCAGGAGUGGAAAUGGUGGAACUCUCAGCCCAGAUUUCUUUUCCAGCCCCCCCUGAAGGAUUUUGGGACUGAUUGGAGUGACUGAAAUCGUCCUGUUUUGUCUCCUUUAACCCUUUCACAGCCAUGCUCGGCAGCCUCGCUGUGGGUUUUGUUAGCUCUGCUGCACAAGAGAACUUUCAGUUCUUUGUUUUGGGAUUUGUUGUUUGUUUGUUUUUUAAAUUUUGUUUUCAUUUCCUUUCUCUUUUUAAGCAGGAUUUAGAGUUUUGAACAAACCUCUUUGCAGUUGAAACAUGUUGCUUAAUCUGCCUUGGAACUGUUUUUCACACAUGCCUUUGUUUGGGGAAUAAGCUCUUGGGAAUGUCA